AUGCAGGCGCACAACCGCUUGCUGCAUGCCGGUGUAAGGGACACACUGGUUCAUAUACGUGAAAAAUUUUGGAUCAUACGAGCGCGCCAACUGGUUAAGGGCGAGAUCCACCAGUGCAUCACCUGUAAACGGCUCCAGGCUAAGGCGGCUGACCAGACGACGUCCCCUUUACCAGCGGACCGGAUAACGAAGUCGCAGCCAUUCGAAGUCGUGGGAAUCGACUUUGCGGGACCUCUGAUCGUCAAAGUGGACGAAGACGUCGGCAAGUGUUACAUCGUGUUAUUCGUCUGUGCAGUUACGAGGGCGCUGCACCUGGAAUUAACCAGCGAUAUGUCGACCAGGGCUUUCCUUCAGGCCUUACGAAGAUUCGUCUCUCGAAGAGGACUUUGUCGGGUCAUCUAUUCGGACAACUUUCGGACGUUUAAACGAAGCAAACGUGACCUGAUGGGCCUGUGGCACGUCCUAAGGGAUCCAGAGGUCAGCGAUCACUUCUCUACCUGUAAGGUCGAAUGGAAGUUCAUCGUGGAACGGGCCCCAUGGUGGGGCGGCUUCUACGAGCGACUAGUAAGGACUGUGAAAACUUCCCUGAAAAAGGUUUUGGGAAGGCGGCUUCUAGACGCUGAAGAGAUGCGUACUGUGCUAACUGAAGUAGAGGCAGUGGUAAAUUCACGUCCCAUCACCUUCAUUUACGUGGACAGGGCAGAGGGCACCCCUCUUUCUCCAGCGCAUUUCCUAGUGGGAAAGCGGUUGACGUCGCUACCAACUUCCAAGCGAGAAGAGAUUACUUCUACUGAAGCUGUGCUGCACGACCUGUGGACCAGUCGGCAAGAAUAUCUUGCUCACUUCUGGAAACGGUGGCGCAAAGAAUAUUUAGCAGAACUUCGUUCAGCUCAUGCAUCCAAAACAACUAAGUCUUCAUCGUCAACAUCACUAAAGAUCGACGACGUUGUUAUCCUGCACGAUGAGCAUCGACCACGUCAUCUGUGGAAGUUGUGCAGAAUCGAAGAGCUAUUUAGCGGCAGGGACGGCAAGGUCAGGGCGUGCAACGUACGGUUACCAAACGGGACCACACGUAGACGACCCAUUCAAUUGCUUUACCCUCUGGAACUGUCGGACGUCUGGAAAUGA